AUGGCGCGCGACAUUCGUGCCCUGGCCCUUCAGAAGAUUGCCUCGCUGUCUGCAGCUGGCUCCUCAUCUGCGGACCGGUCGGACCUCGACAGAUUAUGUCGAGCAUGUCACGCCGCCGGGAAGGCGAGGGACUACUCGUAUGGCGUCAGGUCCCAGGGCGGAUCCCUGGGCAAGGUUCCAAUGUCAAUUCGCGAGUUUGAGGUUCUACUAGCCCUGUGCAAGACGGCUCCCAGUGUCCAGCCCGGCCAGAGCGCCCAGAGGCUCUCCUACCAGCUCACCCCUUAUAUGCUCGAGGCACCUGUUCAGACCUUUGCCCACUCGCCCUUCUUCCGCCAGAUGGAGCCGUCGCCCACCGAGACCCUGACCUUCCACGUCACGGCGGCCCUGCUCUCCCUCGGACUCAACUACGCCGACCUCCAGGAGACGGUCCUAGACAGCAUCUGGGCCUUCCUCAACACUUGCACCAAGGCGGUUGACGUUGUCAUCUCUGCUCCCGCAGAGGAUGGCGACCUGGAAGAUGCGGUCCGCACCACGACCAUUGUCAUCGCCCUCCUUGGCUUCCUCGAGGCGGCUGCUGCCCAGACCGACUUCUGGAGGGCCGCGGGGAGACUUGCUCUCGUUCAAAAGGUCCGCCACCUGCUUUCUGAGCGCUUCCUGGUUGCCGUCGAGACGGCUCUCUCGACCAUCCGCAACUCCCACAGCCACGGCCGAGAAGUCAAGGAAUGGAAGCGCAUUGUCCGCCACUACGCCCACUCUGGGAGACCUCUAGGGGCCAUGCUCCUCCAGCGAAACUUCAUGCGCCUGGUUGUGUCUAGCACGUCUCUGAUGGUCGCCGAUGUCACCGACCUCAGGAAAACGCAUAUCCUGGACCUGCACAUGGCCCGCAACUCCAAGCUCCAGGGUGACUCUUUGAGCGGUCCUGACGCUGACACGCAGUCCGUCGAGGUCCUUGCCGGACUGGCGGCCGAGCAGAUGGACUACAUCGAGGCCGGUGCCGACUUUGUCAGCAUGGGCACGCCGUCCCAGCAGAAGCUGGCCUAUGACACCAAGGGAGCCGCUCUCAUCGCGUUCCUCAACUGCGCCUUCAUUGACGAGAAUGCUGCAGACUCCGAGACCCUUCUGUCCUGGCUGCAGGAGACUAUCGAGGACCCCGCUCAGAUGGCCGACGACGGCCUGGCCGCCGUUGUCCUCAAGUCCCUGGCCCUGGUGUGCCACGUCUCGCCCUCGUUUACCCCGGCUGUCAGCAGGCUGGUCCCUCAGUUCCUGGUCCAGAGCGCGCCCCAGGGAGAGACGAGCAGCGUUGCCUCCGAGUGCUUGGCCUUCAUCCUCAACCUGCUCUCCAAGGACUCCAUCAUCAGCACGCUGUACUCUCUCGGAAACGCCCUCAGCCCCGAGUCCGAGCCUCUAAACAACGGUCAAUCUAACGGAGAUGACAGCGAACAGAGCCUUGAUUCGGUCUACGCCGGUCACCAGUCUACCGGGAGCUCAAUGUCCCUCAAGCUCAGCGCCGACGACGAGGGCGCGGUAGUCUAUGAAAACAUUCUGCAGGCAGUGUUUGCCAUCUCCGCAGCUGCUCAGGACGAAAAGAUUACAGCCCUGGCCGUGUCUAUGCUUUUGCAAAAGCUCGGCAAGAUCAGCCCCAGCGCCGAUGACCAGAUCCUCAUUGGCGCCGCCAACCUCGCGCUCGACAGCAGCCCCCUCGAGUUCCGUUCCCUCCUCAAGAUGUUCACGAAGACUUGCUUGACGGGUCUGACCGAGCAGAAGGACCAUCUGUCAAUGGCGGCUACGAAGGCCCGCAUCCACAUUUCCACUCACCUGAAGCGUGACUCGCCUCUCUUCGAUAUCUACCUAGAGCACCUGUUGGAGACUAUCAUCUCUUUUGGUGAUGACCCGCCAAGUGGCCAUACCAAGGAGAUUGACGUCCAGCUGGCCGCUAGGAAGAUUGCCCAGCUCCUUCGUCCUCUUGGAGUCUUCAUGGCUCAAAACGACCUGGCUGCCAACCCUAUCGAGAGUGAUGAGAUGGCCCAGCUCCUGCGCGACUCUUGGUUCAACAUUGUCGUCCAUGGCUUCACCCCGUCCACCGAGAAUGGCAAGAAGUACAUGGACGACCUCCGCAGGAUCGCCGUGCAUUCCCCGCCGCUGGUCUCUGAGCAGCGCAGUGAGCAGGUCGAGAGUGACAUCGAGCUCAACACGGUCCUGAGGCGCGGUAACAGCCACGAGCGCGAGGCGGCCCAGAAGAAGCAGCUGGUGGAGCUUAUCCCAGCCAAGGCGGCCGAUAUCAAGGGGCUCAGCUACCGCAAGGUCAUAUUCCUGCAAGCGGCGUAUCUCGUCGAGAGCCUGCGCUCUGACGUCGGCGACUGCACCAAGGUGCUGCCCUACUUCUUGGAGCCCAGCAUGCACAAGAGCGACGUCAGCAGUGUCAUGGAAGGCAUCGCUGGUACCAUUAUCGAGAAGUAUCUUAGAAAGACUCUUGGUGGUAACGACAUGGCUUUCUCGGCCCAGUAUGCCGCCAAGCAGCUGGCCUCUAUUUUCUGCAGCUGCUGUCACCGCAUCGAGAGGGUGCAGGAGGCAGCCUUCACCUGCGCCGACCGCAUCAUCCGCGAUGUCCCGUCCGCCCUGUGCAGCAGGACAUCGCUUUUUGCCCUGCUUGAGCUUCUCUCCCUGAUGUGGACUGGCUGCCUCGAGGCCGAGACGGACAUGUACUCGCCCCGCUCCGUCUUCGAGUCGAAGCUGGGCAAGGUCAGGGUAGAGCUUUCGGACGACUACGAGUUUCGCCGCUGGACCCUCGACAUCUUGACCCGCAAGGCGAGGGUAUGGGUCCACACGGCCAUCAACCUCGCUCCGCUGGACGUCAAGGGCCUUCUCCAGACGUAUCUGUCCGAGUUCGGCGAUGACGGCGCCUACGGCCACAUCUAUCUCGGGAGGUCUUUCGCUCUGGAGAUGGGCUCCGUCAUCCCCUCGACCGACCACCGUCUCCAGUCACUCCAGCCGGUCGGAGAGGCUGGUGUCAAUACGGCCUCCGACCUUAUUGCGCAGUACACGACGCGCCAGGAGUACCGCUACGGCGAGGCGCUGCCGGAUAGGAGCCACAACCUGACGAACCUGAUCCAGGGAGGGGGUGCUGGAGGUAGAGCCUCCAUGCAGCUUGCCCUGAAGGAGAGCGCCAACGCCUCCACAGCCCUGGCGCACGUCGAGGCCCGGAUCCUCAGCAAGAAGGCCACGCCUUUCAACGAGAUCCGGGACAUACUCCGGAGGGCGGCGGCGCUCCUGUGCCGCAGCGAAAGCAACGAGUCGGCUGUUGCGCGCUACCUAGUUAGCAUCCCGUUCGCGCUCUUCACCAAGGAGUCGAUCAAGCUGGGCGUGUCGCUGUGGCUAGGCGUGAUCCACGAGAACCCGCUGCUGGAGCCCAAGCUGGUCAACGAGAUUGCGCAGCAGUGGGAACUCACCAUCACCCGUCGGGUCGGGCUGUUCAACCCGGCGCUAGCGCACCCGGAUCCCUUCUUCCUCAAAGAGGAGUUUGCGCCCAGCGAGCUGGAGGCCAUGAGCAAGCAGAGGCAGAUGGUGCACGACAUGCUGUCGCCCCACACGCGGCUGCUGCAGUUCUUCACGAGCCACUUCAAUGCUACCCGCCUGGGCAGCCUCGACACGAGGCGGAGCUUCCUGCGCAUGCUCGACGUGACGCUGAGCGCCAUGCGCGACGCGGCGCCCCACCCCAUGGCGCGCGAGCUCCGCCUGCAGAUCCUUCUCUUUGGCCUGCGCGUCCUGCGCUGGAGCACCAUGAUCAGCUCCACGGCCCAGUGGCGCCUCAAGGACAAUAUCCUGUCGGCCGGGCUGGGCUGGUUCCGCAACUCGCCCAAGUGGUCUUUUGGCAGCAACCUCCUCCAGCUCAAGACGGAGAUCCGCCUCAUGUCCGACGUCCUCCUCGCCCUCCAGAUGGUCAACCUCAUCGGCGGCGGCGGCGUCGGCCCCGCGACGAAGUCCCUCCAGGCCAAGGAACAGCUGCUCCAACUCCUCCUCGAGAGCGAGCAGAUACGCUUGUCCGUCUGGGCCAAUCCGCUCAACGGCCCGUUGUCGCAGCAGCUGUCCGUCCCCACGACGCCCAAGUCGUCGAUGGAGGCCGCCCUGGCACCGCUCGUCCGCACGGCCUGGGCGCUCGACCCGGCCAUCGCCGUCGAGCUCGUCACCAGAUUCCAGUCUGCCCGGCUGCACAAGGACGUCCGCUUCCUCCUCAUGACCAUGCCCGAGAAGGCCAUCUCACUGCCAGAGGCUCUGCCCAUCAUCUUUGCUGGUGGGCAGCUGCCUAGCGACGCCACUCCCAUGCUCAAGUACCUCUUGUAUUGGGCGCCGGUCAACCCGGUCUCGGCGGUGACCAUGUUCUCACCGGCAUACAAGCACCACCCACUGAUCCUGCAGUUCGCGAUGCGGGCGCUGGAGUCGCACCCGGUGGACGUGACCUUCUUCUACGUGCCGCAGAUUGUGCAGACGCUGCGGUACGACGCGCUGGGCUACGUGAAGCGGUACAUACUGGAGACGGCGCAAUUUUCGCAGCUGUUUGCGCACCAGAUCAUCUGGAACAUGAAGGCCAACUCGUACAAGGACGACGAUGCGCAGGUCCCCGACGAGAUCAAGCCGACGCUGGACACGGUCAUGGGCAGUAUGGUGGACAGCUUCGCGGCCGAGGACCGCAGCUUCUACGAACGCGAGUUCGCUUUCUUCGACGAGGUGACGAGCAUCUCUGGCAAGCUGCGGCCGAUCAAGGACCGGCCUAAGGACGAGAAGAAGCAGAAGAUUGAGGAAGAGCUGCGGCGGAUCAACGUGGACGUCGGGGUGUACCUCCCGUCCAACCCGGAAGGCUCGGUGAUCGGAAUCGACCGCACGUCGGGCAAGCCGUUGCAGAGCCACGCCAAGUGUCCGUUCAUGGCGACGUUCCGGAUCAAGAAGACGAAGACGGCGGAUCAGAUCAAGCUGAUCCGGGAAGCCAAGGCGCAGAACGGCGUCUCGGGCAGCAGCGACAACAGCAACGACGGCGACCAAGACGACGAGUACACGGUCGAGACGUGGCAGUCUGCCAUCUUCAAGGUAGGCGACGACUGCCGGCAGGACGUGCUAGCGCUGCAGAUGAUUGCAGCGUUCCGCGGCAUCUUCCACAAUGUCGGGCUGGACGUGUACGUCUUCCCGUACCGGGUGACGGCUACGGGUCCCGGGUGCGGCGUCAUCGACGUGCUCCCCAACUCCAUCUCGCGCGACAUGCUGGGCCGCGAGGCCGUCAACAAGCUGUACGACUACUUCGUCAGCAAGUACGGCAACGAGAACUCGCUGCGCUUCCAGCGCGCCCGCGCCAACUUUGUCAAGUCCAUGGCCGCCUACUCCGUCAUCUCCUUCCUCCUGCAGUUCAAGGACCGCCACAACGGCAACAUCAUGAUCGACGACGCCGGGCACAUCCUCCACAUCGACUUCGGGUUCUGCUUCGACAUCGCCCCCGGCGGCAUCAAGUUCGAGCGCGCCCCCUUCAAGCUCACACAGGAGAUGCUCGCCGUCAUGGGCGGCUCCACCGACCACCAGUCCUUCAAGUGGUUCGAGGAGCUCUGCGUCAAGGCCUUCCUCGCCGCCAGGCAGUACUGCGACAAGCUGUGCCACAUGGUCCAGCUCAUGAUGGACAGCGGCCUGCCCUGCUUCAAACCAGAGAGCGUCACCCACUUCCGUCAGAGGUUCGUCCUCGACAAGACGGACCGCGAGGCCGCCGAGUUUAUGAAGUUUCUCAUCCGGAAGAGUUACUCCUCUUACAGUACUGGUAUCUAUGACCAGUUCCAGCUCAUGACCAAUGGUAUUCCUUACUAG